AUGAAAUCAAUUAUUUUUGUUGCAUUAUUAUUUGUCGGAAUUGCAUGUUCCGAAUAUUUGGAAUAUGAAAAAGUUCGUUUAGUUGAUACAUACACUUUCACUGAUGGAUCAUCCAAUUAUUUAUUCAGAGGAAAUGAACCAAAGAUUAGCGUCAAUGGUCAAGAUGAAUUCGCUUAUGAUUUAUUAACUUCAUACAUGAGAAAUGUAUCACAAUUGAAUGGUGUCACACUCCCAGAGAAUUUCUUGAUUUUCGAUAUCAAAUUGACCUAUGGUUUGAAGGAGGAGCAAGGAGAUGUCAAUCUCGAACAAUGGUUCUUUGGAAACAACACUGACAAGGGUUUGUUUGGUGUCAACAUCACAUUGGGUGAUGUCACCGAUCCAAACUUAAUCGAAGAGAGCGUUCGUGACGAAAUGGCCAAGUACCUUCCAGUCUGGCAAAAGGACAACCUUCCAUUCAGAAUGAACUACUACCGUGAGAUUUUGACCACUCAACAGCAACAGCCACUCGCCCUUUACAUUCACUGUGAGUGUGGUUGCGAUCGUACCGGUGAGAUCUUUGCCUCAUACGUCAUGCAAUACUUGAACUACUCUUUCCAAAAGGCAAUGGAUUGGGACUAUUCCGUUGCUAUGAGACCAAUCAUGCCAAAUCACCAAUGGGCUGCCCAAUGGUACUGUUUAUAUCUUCAACUUGCCGUUGCUCAAGAUAUCGAUUACUAUGAUUAUAAUCAUGCCUAUCGCAUCAACGCUGAAAUUGCUCGACACUCUGGAACCCAAUUAAAAAAAGCAGCUUUCGAUCGUGAAGUUUUAGAGUAUGAAGCAAAUAGUAAAUAUAACUUGUCGGUCAACCCAGACUAUGUUCAAAAGGAAGGUCAAUACUAUGAAGAUAGCAAGAAGACCGACCCCCAGUCAUCAACAAACGUGAUGGCAUAUAUUUAUACUAUAAAACAAAGGAAUAGUGAAUUUCCUUCUCCUUGUAUAUCGUCUACUAAAUUUUCUUGUACAAACUUAAUCGAUAAACAAUUCGUCCCUAACAUCUCACAAAUUCUUAAAUUAUAA